UUUCCCAAACGACUUUUUUUUUUGUCUUCAUUGAAAUUAGUAUUUGAAAAAAGGAAUAUUGUUCUGUACUAUUUUUUUUUGUAUUCAUUAGGUAUUUAUUGGGUUGUGGCAUAAAAUAUUAUUUGUCUAAGUCUAUUUACAAAGGUAGAAAUAAAUACAUAAACCUCUAUUUUUGUCACAUCGGUGCUGUCCCUCUACUUUUUUUACAAGCAAAAACGCUUAUAUCGUUAUAAAAAUAAGUAACUUAAGAAUAGAACUUAUUCUAUUUCAUAGAAUAUUAGUUUUAUUAUUAAUAUGUAGCAUAUUUUAUUACGUAAUUCAUAAUAUUUAUUACUGAGAGGCAUAAAUGUACUUGUCUCGCAAAAUUUUGUCAUAUCGCUGCACAAAAGUAAUUUAAACCUAACUUUGCAUCGAUGAGUCCGACAGUGUCCCCACCCCAAUUUUAUUUCCCUCGUUAGUGUGUGCUAGUGCGCAGUCAGGACGGACGUGUGUCAAAUCGCUGCAUAUUCCCGCCAAUUACAAUGCUGAAAUCAAAACUAAACGAGGAGGAGAAAAAAGAGAGAAAGAGGUUGAUGGAAAGAAUAAGAAAAGCUAAAAUCAAAAGUGAUCCUGUGUUAAGAGAGCAGCAUUUAAGAAAAGACAGAGAACGCUUAGCUAAAAGAAAGGCAGCUGGACUUAUCCUAACCCGAAGCCAAAUGACUGCACAUGCACGUCGCAAUGCACAAAAGAAAAACCGAAUCAGUGCCCGUGCAUAUUAUCAGCGGAAAAAAAAUAAGGCAAAUGGUGCCCGCAACAACCCAACAAGUGUUUCAGAGACCAAUGACGCAGAAUCGCUACCGAAAAAUCAAGAUAAUGAGCCCGGUAUUUCUCAAGAACUAAUAGGACCUCAUAGCCCACGGCUAUUGCGACAGAAUGUUCGAUGUAAUAGUCCUAAUUUGCGUAUUGAUGCCAUAGUAGCGAGUAGUUCCCACUAUUUACGUACAAGCAGUCCCCUAGAUUUAUCAAUAGCAUCUCCUUUACGAACGCCAAGUAUUAGUUCUAUAAAUUCAGAAGAAUCAACAUUACGCCCAAAUAGUCCUAACUUAGACACAUCCUUUAAUACUGUUAAAUUCAAACAAGACAUUAAAAUGAAAUUUCGUAAAUAUCAAAACGUUAAAACUCAGCAAAUACACGAUUUAAGAAAACAAUUGGCAAAGGCUAAUAAAGAGAAACUAAUGUACAAAAAGAGAUACAUGAGACUACAUCAAGAAUUUAAGAAAUUAAAACAGAGUAAUUUAGAAGUGAGACGAAUCCCAACGAAGCCAAAAAAUAUAGACCUGCAAAAACGUAUCCGUAAGAUUGUUGUUCAGUUUUUUGAGGAUGAUGAAAAUUCAAAUCUUUGCCCAGGUAAAAAGGAUACUGUCACACAAAAUGGAGUAAAAAAACAGAAAAGGCUGAUGAAAGACACAAUUAAAAAUUUACACAAAAAGUAUUUGACUUCGGGCUACCCUCCAAUCAGUUACGUCACUUUUACAAGAAUGAGGCCGUUUUGGGUCACGCAGCCAAAAUUAAACUUGAGAAAUACAUGCCUAUGUGAGAAACAUGAGAACAUGGAUCUUGUUAUAUCAUCUUUAAAAAGAAAUCGUAUCAUAAAAGAAAACACCACGACUGAAAUUCUAAGUAGUAUUUGCUGUGAUAUUUUUAAGGUAGAAUGCCUGCAAAGAACAUGUCCUGUCUGUAAGAAUCGUCAUUUAAAUUAUCAAGAAUUUGAUAACUCCAAAGAUGUUAUUUAUUGGAAUUGGAAGAAGAUAAAAAAGAAUUACAAAAAAAAUGGAGUCGAUAAAAUAGCCGUUAAUGUAGAAAAAGUAAAAAUAACCGUUAAACCAUUACAACUAAUCAAAAUAUUUGAAAACAAUCUGAAACCGUUCUUAACACAUUGUAGUAAUAUACGAAAUCAAAGUCAAGCUUUUAAGCACUACAAACAAAACAUGACUGAAAAGGAUUGUGUCGUUCACAUUGACUUUAGUGAGAACUAUAGCUCCAAGUACGGGUCCGAAAUACAAUCUAUGCACUUUGGUGGCAGUCGUCAACAAUUCACAUUACACACUGCUGUAAUUUACUAUAAAAAUAAGGAAGAGAAUAUAACAACUCAAUGUUUCUGCACUAUUAGUUCUUCACUGCGCCAUGAUGCUGCCGCCGUUUGGGCUCACCUUGUUCCAAUAUUAGAAGAAAUUAAACAGGAAGCUCCAAUUGUUCAGAAUCUUAUUAUUAUUUCUGAUUCUCCAUCAGGCCAGUAUCGGAAUAAGAAAAUUUUUUAUAUUAUGUCCCAACUCAGUAUUUACUGCUCUUCUCUGACUAACAUAAUAUGGAACUAUAGUGAAUGUGGUCAUGGAAAAGGUGCGCCAGAUGGAGUAGGUGGGCUACUGAAGCGAACGGCGGAUCGAUUUGUUGCACACGAUGGUGAUAUGAAUAAUAUAGACUCUUUUGUAAACUAUUUAAAAUCUGCUGUCCAAGGCGUGAAAAUUAGUACUGUAGAAGAAUAUGAAGUUGAAGAAAAGGACUGGCUUCUCCCUACAAAUUUGAACACAUUUCGUGGAACAUUGCAAGUCAAACAAGUCAUUUGGACUAAAGAAGCUAAAAAUCGUAUAGUUUUACGUCGACUUUCUUGUAUAGAAGAUGAAUGUAUGAAAUAUGUUGUUAAAUGUCCACAUGGCAAACAUCUAGACUUCAUUUGUCAACCGAACACGAAAUUAAGUCUAAACCUCAACUUUCUACUUCGAGUAAUAAAAAAUCCAGAACUAAAUCCAAAAUAGAUAUCACUAAAAUGCGACCAGUAAAGUUAACUGACAAAUUAAUUUUGUUCCCACAGCCAUCACAUUCAAAGUAUUUUACACCAUCAAAUACAUUAAAAAUCUCGGAAAAUGCGGCACCCAGAUCAUCCUCUUCGACAAAAAUGUCUGAAAAUUUGCUAUUGAACUAUGUAGAUCUUGAUCAAAGUACUCCUGCCUGUUCAUUUUUAGAGAAAAUUGACACGAACAUUUUAGUUGGUUUAGAGGAAUCAACUCAAUUCGUAAAUAAAGAGGAUACGGUAAAAGCAUCUAAUAGAUUUUCAAGUCCUACCGUGGAAGACAGUGACACCGAUGAGGAAAUAUUUAGAAUAAAAUCUAAAAUUAACUUUAAAAAAGAAAAAAAUGAGCCACGUAAACCAACUCCUGACAUCAAACAGAGAUUUAAUUAUAUAUUUGGUUGCAGUGACACUGAUGAUGACUUAUUUUGAUCUGGGCUGAUUUGUUUUUAAAAUUUUUAUUUUUAUUGUUUUUAGUUUUAAUUGAAAAAAAGAGGUUUAAUUGUUGUAACAGAUAAUAAUUAUAAAAGUACGUAAUUAAGUGCUGUGAUUAACUAUAGGUAUACUACAUAGUCUUCUAUGACUUAAAAGUCUAAUUAUGGUGCAAUUUAAUAAAAGUGGAGUACGAAGACGGUUCAAGUUCUGUAGUGAUUUAUGUUGAACUUAAAGGCUGAUUAACAUAAUAACCAAAUUAUACUGACAGAUUUAAUUUAAGUUUUUUUUUUAAGGGUAAAGAUUAUUUGCUAGAUGUAAGAUAUAAGCGAUCUCUAUGUAAUCUAUGAUACUUACGCACUGAGAACAAAGAUUUUAAAAAUAUUAAAUUAAGUGAUAAUUAAAGCUGUGAUUAUUGUAGUGUUGUUAUGAUUAAGGUUAAACUUAAAAGGCUGAUUAAUUAGGUAUAUAAAGUUUUCUUAUAUAAAGUUUCUAUUCUUAGUAUUGUUGAACCUAGAACGCCACAAUGUUUUAAGUGUACCUACACAUGGCAAAACAAUUAGCUUGAUCGCCACAUUAAUAAAUGUGUAUUGUACAAUAACGUACAAGAAAUUUUUGUUUUUUAUACUUCUUUUAAAUAAACACAAUGAUAAUUAAAAAAAACAUUAUUUUUUAUUCUAAGAAAAUAAUACCCUUAGUUCAGGUAUUCAGUUCUUAGUCACUCCUUCAAAAAUGUAUAAGCCUACUAUUUCUUUUUUGAUGUUCAAAGGUGGAUAGAUUAUCAUAUCGCUGUAUAUGUAUAUCACAUCGGUGAAUAAAUUUAUCAUAUCGGUGUACAGAAAAGAUAAUCGGUGCCGGAUUGUCACAUCGGUGGAAACCAGAAUUCAAACUGAAUUUUCUCCAUAGUCUUAAAAGAUACGUUGAUGGUUACCAAUAAGGGAGUAUUUAGUAUCCUAAAUAUUACAUUAAACAUGAAAAAAAUAAAAAAUAUAUAUAAAUGAAAAAGUUCACCGAUAUGAUAAGAAAAAUGGCAUUUGUUGAAAU